AUGUCGCCAAAUAUCAAAAUCAUUUCCACCGACGAGUACAAGGCCGUCAUAAGUGCUGUUCAACAUUACAUUGACAGCCUUAUCGGAGCCAGCCAAGAAAGUCUCGACAAAGCAUUUUACAAGGACGGCACCAUGACUGGCUGGUCUCCUGAUGGUUCAUUGGCUUCUGGAAGCUACAAAGCUCUGCACGGUUACUUCGAGACCUACGGACCGGCAAAGAACCUUAAGACACACACGGAUGUUCUCGGCAUCACGCCAUCGACCGCAGUAGUCCGAGUCGAUAUCGAAGGAGCGCUCGAUGCUCCGUACACAGACUUUCACACCCUGUUCAAGAUCGACGGCGAGUGA